AUGGCCCAGAAAAUCAUCACUGUCUUUGGUGCCACAGGCAACCAAGGUGGCAGCACAGCCUCUGCUAUUUUCAACAACCCUAGUUUGUCUUCCAAGUACAAGGUCCGCGCCAUUACUCGCGACACGUCCAAGCCAGCAGCACAAGCUCUUGCCGCAAAGGGCGCUGAACUAGCCAAAGCUGACAUCAACGAUGUCGAAAGUGUGAAAGCUGCCGUCACAGGUUCGUACGGUGUCUUUGCCGUCACCAACUAUUGGGAGACGCAAUCCAAAGAAGCCGAGAUCAAGCAAGGCAAGAACGUUGUCGAUGCAUGCAAGGCUGCCGGUGUCAAGCACUUGGUUUGGUCAACUUUGCCACAUGUGACAAAGUUGACCCAAGGCGAACUUACCAAGGUCGAGCACUUCGAGUCCAAGGCUGAAGUGGCAGAGUAUGCCGAGCAGGUCAAAGGCGACAUGAUCGUUUCGUACUACAUGCCGGGAUACUUCAUGUCCAACUUCAAAACCCAGUUCAAGCCGGAUGAAGAGACUGGCGCGCUCACCCUGACACUCCCAUGGAAUCCCCAGAGUACCUGGGUACCCCUGAUUGAUAUUCAGAACGACACCGGUUUAUUCACUGUGGGCCUCCUCGAAGCUGGAUCGAAGGCGAAUGGGGUCCACGUUCAAGGUGUCGGCGAGUGGAUGCACCCUCAAGAGAUUGUCGAGACGCUCUCGAAGCUAAAGGGCAAGGAGAUCAAAUUCGUCGAACAGCCUGCCACUGUCGAGUCUGCUGCGAAAAUCGGCAACAAGAUUGCAGAGGAGCUGGCACAAAACAUGAUGCUGAUCCGAGACUGGAGCUACUACGGCAAGGGAACCGAGAAGAAGCAAGCUGAGAGUGACAAGUUCUUGGUGCCAGGUUCCAAGAAGACCUCCUGGAAGGAGUUUGUUGAGCAAACCAACUGGUCGUUCUAA